CAUUGAUGGAAAAGACGACUGUUCAACAAGCAACUGGUUCCGUUGUAGUUGCAGCCAUACAGUUUUCAUGUUCGAAUAAUACGAAAGAGAACAUUGCGAAAGCCAAGCGUUUCAUCCGAGAAGCUGCAAGUGCUGGUGCUAACAUUAUAUUAUUACAAGAACUUUUUUCAACGCUAUACUUUUGUCAAGAACCUUGUGAAGAAUAUUUUUCGUUGGCAGUUUCUCUCAACCAAGUAGACGAUUCUUUUCUUUCUGAGUUUCAGUCACUAGCUAAAGAGUUGAGAGUAGUACUUCCUGUUAGUUUUUUUGAACGCUGCAAUCAAGUAUUUUAUAAUUCGGUGAUAAUUUUUGAUGCGGAUGGUUCGUGUCUUGGUGUAUACCGCAAGUCGCAUAUUCCUGAAAGUCCUGGCUAUUAUGAAAAGUUUUUCUUUUCACCUGGUGAUACAGGAUUUCGUUGUUUUUCAACUCUCUAUGGUGUUAUAGGAGUUGGUAUUUGUUGGGAUCAGUGGUUUCCUGAAUGUGCUCGAAUUAUGGCAUUGCUUGGAGCAGAUAUUUUAUUCUAUCCGACGGCUAUUGGUUCGGAACCACAAGAUAGCCGAUUGGACUCGCGUGGUCAUUGGCAACGAACUAUGCAAGGUCAUGCUGCAGCCAAUAUGAUACCUUUGGUAGCUUCCAAUCGAGUAGGCGUGGAGUAUACUCAAUAUACCGAUCAUCGUUCACAUAUCACAUUUUAUGGUUCCAGUUUGAUUGUCGAUGCAACUGGAGAGAUCAAGAUACAAGCAGACUCAUCGAGUGAAACUUUUAUUUGUUAUGCAUUUGAUUUAGCUGCUAUUCGUAAGCAGAGAGCCGCGUGGGGUUUAUUCCGUGAUAGAAGACCCGAUUUGUAUGCCUUGUUAGGAACGCGCGAUGGACAGAAUAUAUAAAAAGAAGCGAUUUUUCGUUGUUGCCCAUCAACACAAAAUGUCAUGGAAGGAAAAACGACAAAGUGCUAUUCACCAGUUGCUCACUUAUUUGGACAAGUUACAAUAUUCUGUAUACAAUGCGGCUGUACUGUGUACACG